GAUGAAUGGUUUCGUGGUCAUCGAGGAGAUGAUGAUGCAAGGGCUUCUACAUUUCUUCGCACACAAUUUUAAAUCAUUAAGUUUUGAUUCUAGUCUUUUGCGCUAAUUUAGUAUUGAAAUUGAUGGGGCCAAUUUCCGUCUUCCAAGAAGGUCUCGGCUCUAGACGAGUAAAGGUUACCUGGUCGUACUAUGCGGAAUUCCGGCUUGAUUAAAGGCUAAAACGGUGAAUCACGGCUAGGGAAAUGCUUUGGAAGAUGUUUGGCUGCACGCGCUAUACGCGGUGCACGUGAGAACCGAGAAGAGACGCACACACGAGGAAACCAAAAGUUUAUGUUGUCGUCUAGAGUGUGCGACUUGAUUUUUGUCGACCAUCUGAGCCAAAAAGAGGAGAAAAAAGGCGAUUGUUUGUUUCCGUAAUUGUUCAGUCUUCGCCCAGCAUUUGAAUCAGCUCCUGUGGACGAAACAGGAUCUCGUCGCCACUGCAUCGCUUUGCAAAGUCCCUUUGUGCAGUGAUGAUGCCCAGCUUUCUUUUACUGAGAUUCGACACUGAAAAGAUAAUGCGUCGAAAUUGGCACGUCUUGUUGUUCAGCUUUUGUGUCCUCGUGCCGCUCGCUUUGACAGGUUCCAUAUCGAGCCGACUGCUGGAAAAGAAAUUGGAUCCGAGUGUGCCGACGAUGCCCACAUUGUCGAUGGACAGAGACAGUUUGCGUUCGUUUUACAGACGCAGUCGGCCAGCUAGCAGCAUGCGUCCAAUGAAAAGCCCCCGGCCCGUUAGCUGGGGCCAAUAUGAUGCUUGCGGUGGUAAUAUUCUGGUCCCCUUAUCAAAUGACCGGAAUAUCCUUAUUGAGCAGACCUACAAAUCAAUUGAUUUUCCUGCCGGACGAACCCGCCCGUUGGUUUGCUCUUGGAAAGUGGAGGUGAGCAAUACGAACUGCAAUCGCGGGCUGGUGACCAUGACUGUCGAUGAGCUCAGUCGGCUGUCGGAUGAAGAAGGAUGUCUCAAUGGAUUUUAUCGCGUCUCACCUUUCAUGAAGGAAGCCAAAAUCUGCGGGCGUAUUGGAACUGUUCCGCCUUUUCAAUGGCACGUCGACGAUCGGCAGCCCGAAAAUGUUACCAUCAGCUUGAAACAUAUCGGCCUCAAUGACGGCAAUUCGGAAGGAUUGUCGUUUACUCUAACAGGUGAAUGUCUAUCCAACGAAGUGAACGUGACCAUUGACGAAUCCUCGAUGAAUUCCACCAGCCACUGGCUCGCGAGAAAUUCAACCGAUUACGGCGUCCCGAUCGUGGUCUUCUCUACCGAUGAUUCCGGCAACGACAUUUCAAUGAGCAAUAACUUCACGGAAAUGCUUGGAGGGAAUUCCGAGAUUCCACUAGCAACGACGACCAUGUCGCCUUCGAUAGUCACCAUGCCGUUCAGCCUGGACUACUACCGCAGCCACAAAUCGACUGUCGACCACCAAACGUGGGAGAAUCCAACGACCGGCUCCCCAAACGUGUUGACCCGUAGCCCGGCCAAUGCCAAAUCGUCGGUAAGCCAAAAACCAGUUACGAAACGGCCUCAAUCGACAACUAGCAAGAAGCCAACUACCAAGAAGCCGACGACUAAAAACACGACCAAGAAACCAACACCGAGAGUCUCAUCGACCACUGCCCGCCCCACUACUAAGAAGCCGUCCACAGCCCGACCUCCUUCGACGACUGUCCGACCAACUACCGGAACAAAUCGGCCAACCACUCGUGCUCCAACGAGCACCACUCGACCGCCGACUAAGCGGUCCUCGACUACUCGGUCGCCGCCCAAAACUACCCGCCCGGCCACCACAACUAAAAAGCCAACAACUCGCCCUAGGACGACCACCGCCAGUAGGCCGACUACCAAACGUCCUUCAACUCGACCGACAACUCGACGGCCGGAUGUUGAUGAUGAUGAUAACUCGGAUAUGCCGUGGCUUGUCCUGAAAUCGCCUUCCUCUGGAGGCCAGCCCUUCUCGUCCGACAUUUACCAGCAGAAUCCAGUCAAUACCCACGUGAACAAAAUCGCUCCUAUGCCCAUCAACGAGAAUGGCGAGAUCCCUUGGCUCAUAAUGAAAACUCCCAAUCACAAUCAGUUGCUGCCGAAAGUUCAGCCGGUUGUCAGUUCUACGUUAGUUACCAAACGUCCAGCUACUAAAACUACCAAAAAGCCCAACAAAAAACCCAGCAAAAGUAAAAGUAAAAGCACAACGAGCCAACCAAACGUCAAAGGUCGUCAACCAAAUACCUCGGCCAGUCCCCCAACAUGUCCUCAGAGUCCAGUUUGUCCGGUAUGUCCAGUCCAGCCGAGCGUGUCAUCAGAUUCCGGCCUCUCAUAUAUUCGUCGUCCAACAAUGGUUCAUUCCGUUAGUUGGGAUCAAUACGAUACUUGCGGAGGUACCAUCAAUGUUCCCUUGUCUUUUGAUCGUCUCUCUUCGUACGAAUCGUUGCAUUUCCCUGCCGGACGCAACUUCCCAUUGUCCUGCACUUGGAAUGUCAAGGUGAGAAACACCAACUGCACGAAUGGCCGUGGACGGAUAACGUUGAGAGUUGAUGGGCGGAGUCGACUGGCUGACGUCAAGGGAUGCACCAAGGGAUAUUACACCGUUUUCCCGUUCAUGAUGCAAGCCAAAAUCUGCGGUCGAAUCGGAACUGCCCCGCCUCUGCACUGGUAUAUUGACGACCAGCAACCCGAAGAUGUGACGAUAGUUAUGGAGAACAUUGGACUCGACGACGGACGAGCUGAAGGUUUCUCGUUUAGCCUUCAAGGUGAGUGUAUUCCGAGCAAGCCGGAUGCCAAGAAACUGGACGUUGUCAUUGACAAUUAUUGGUCUCAAAAUCGAUGGAUGAGUCGUGUCUUGGAAGACUUUAAAAGUGGAGACGGCCCUAGAGUUCACAUUCCUGGCGUAUUUGGCCUUGGUACCAACUCGGCCUAUUCCGAAAUUGAAGCCGACGAACCGUACGACGACUCUUCGUUUUCCAAUUCCGUCGGCCACAAGGAUGAAUUUGCACCACCAACAGUCACCCAACUGCAAGCUCCCCAAACCGGCGGCAAUCGUUCCUCGACGAAUGCUUAUCCAGCAGCCACUCAUUUUACCGUGCAAUCCUCUCAAAUAUUGGCUCCCGAUCGUCCGUCGGCAGUUCCAGUCUCAUCGAACUCGAUUCCUUCCGUUAUCAUUCGCCAACCGUCGACAACUGUGAAGCCGUCUACUACCACCAGAGCCCCUGUUAGUACAGUCAAGAGUUCCUGGAUCAACUUUUACGAUUCCUACGAGUCGGAAACUGGGCCACUUGUCCACACUUCGUCAACCACAACAACCACUGUUCGUCCUUGGACUCAAGUUGUUCCAUCGACUUCAGUUCCUCCAGUUACUCGACGUCCUGCGACUAGCGCAAGGCCAACGUCCACCAAAAGCCCCGUCAUUUUCAGCCAUAGUCCUGAGACCCCCUGGCUCAUAUUGAAAUCUCCCAAUUCAACCCAGCAAUCCUGGUCGGACAUAUACUCCACUUCCGAUUACCGCCUCCCGUCGACUACCGCACGGCCCAGUAGCAUUCGUCCAACUACACAAAUUCCAACCACAACGGCCCGUCCAUUUACUAAACGGCCAUCUCUUUCGAGCCAGACCAUCAGCUACACACCGAAAGUCCCUAAAAUGACGACGACGACCAGCACCCGACCCCCUAGAACACCGUCAACAACACCAGAGCCGAGUGUGGGCAUCCAGGCUGGAUUUUACAACACGGAAUGGCACACUGACAGCUCCUCAACUUUCGUGCCAACUGUCAAUGGCGGUCAACUGCGUCUAGAUACGUGCCGAGGCAACGUCUUGGUCCCCCUGUCAAGUGAUCCGAAUUCGCAUCAAGAGUUUAUCACGGUCAAAUCGACUUGGUUCCCGUUCAAUCGCAUCACUCCUCUCAUAUGCUCUUGGAAUGUCAAGGUGAGCAACAACUGUCGUCGCGGAGUCGUGACCAUGACCGUUGACGAACGCAGUCGACUGGCCGAUGAUGAGGAUUGUUUGAGAGGCUAUUAUCGUGUGGCUCCCUUCAUGAACGAAUCCAAAAUUUGCGGCCGUGUCCAUACCGUUCCUGCCUUCCAGUGGUACGUCGACAACCAACAGCCGGAAGACGUCACUAUUAUCUUGAAACAUGUCGGACUCAACGAUGGUUACUCCGAAGGAUUGGCUUUCACCCUAUCAGGCGAAUGUCUCACAGACGAAUCGGAUUUGACGAAAAGUAAAGCCUCCAAAUCCUACAACAGCUGGAUGCAGCAGCUCGCGAGUCAAUCUCUAAACCUGGGAGUCCCUACGGUCGUCUUACCGGAUGUGUAUCAACCGUCCUCUGGUGAUUACCCACAGUCGAAAACCAAUCCAGGGGAUGAUCUCUUAGCCAAAGAAAACUUUAUAACUCCUCACCAGACUAGUACCUACUCCCAAAUAUCUCCCGACUCGAUCCUGUCCUUGUCGUCAUUUUACCCGAACGCAACGUCCGAUCCUACGAUUUUUUCGGAUGCUUCCGACGAAGAUCUCGAAGAUCUUUGGCUCAUUCUACAAUCGCCCAGCUCCAAGCAGUCCUUGCCGAGCUCUAGCGAAGAAGAAUCCGAUGACGUUAGCCUUGAAGUUUCCAAGUCGGCCAAUAUUCCUGUCGAUGACGUUUUCGAUGACGCACUGUCCUAUAUAACGAGGCUUUUGAAUGAAACCAAAAAGAUACGCAGUCCGUUGAAGAAACAUCAUUAGCAUUCCCAAGAUGCGUCGUCUAAAUCUCGGCUCAAGUCACAUUUUCAAACUUUUGAAGCAUAAUAUGUUUCCGACAAGUGUCUGAAUAUUCUAGGUUCAUGCCAAGACUAUUCAUUCGUAGUUCGUACAGAGUUAUUUGAUUGCUCUUUAGUGGCUUUUUACAGACAUUUUUUUUUUUAAAUUAUUAUUCGCGAUCUUUUGUUAUUCGAUUCUUCCUGUGCGGUGUCGGGGUUCAUUCUUAAUUCAGGGAUUCGGUUUGCAAUAAUCUGACGAAUGACUUUGUACAUACCCUUCAUUUUUAUUUGCGGUGAUGUGUUAUUUGGCUAAUUCCUUGAACUCAACUCUGGUGUAUUUCAUGAGAAUAAAAUGAUUAAAUGAAAAUGAA